UUUAUGAUGCAUUCUGAGAGUCGUACUUAUGUCAUCUCCUGAACGGUCCGGUUAUUUUUCGACUGUUGUUUCGUGAAUAGAAGAUAAAACAUUCGAUAGGUUUUAAAAUGAGAGUUGAAGGGGUGGCAACGUCUCCGGUACCGGGUGAAAGAACCGAACCCGGAUUGCUCUGUCAGGGAAUUCCGGAGCCGCUCGAUGACGUCAGGGCCUGUGUGUGUGUGUCAGCGUGAGCGUGUGUGAGAGACUCUGUCCCUUUAAAGCUGAACGGAGCAGCAGCUCGAUCCUGCCCGGCUGAGGAGGAGCUCGACACGGAGAGGUGGCGAGCGGUAAGCGGACACGUUCGGAACCAAAACCCGGAGAAGCAACACCUUCAUCGGACUCCGAGGUCUAACCUCGGCCGGCUCAUGGACGAUAUUACCGCGACGGACGGACUCUAUAUCUGGAAUAUUCACACCGACUCGUUGGGAUUUUCUCUGCCGACUCGGAACUGUUCGGUCCCGGAUACGAGGAGUGCCUUUAACCGUAACAUUCACUGGAUUUAAAAGAAGAAUUGCUCGGAGUUUUUACAUUUUAUUUAUUACCAUUUUCGCUGUCUUAAACGUAUUAAGGAGACUCUGGAGGAUGAGUGCGGGCAACUCGACCCAACUGUGAAUCAACAGUCUCUUGGACUCUGAAAGUUGCUGUGUAUUAAGGUUCCAUUCCUGAGGAGGACAAUCUCUGUGUGGUGGUGAGGCCCUCUCUGUGCUGCAGUGGAGGGCUUCACAGGUGCAGAUAGUCCGGCUGGAUGCAUCACGCAGUAGAGCAGUUUGGCGGGCGUGGCGCACGGGAAUCCUUCCCACUGGAUGGAUUCAACCGGGGACCUUGGGCUCCCGUGGGUGGCCGAUCCUGGCAACCGCCUGCCAGGUGUUCGCCUGGAAUGAACCAACACCAGCUGAUUCCACAUCUACCUCCUGGUCCAAUUGCUGGACUGAAUCAUCCAAGUAAAUUCUUCAACAAUGGGUCCAUGCGAGGAGGCGAGAAGCUGGAGCACCCUCAGCCCAUGCUGCCAGGCAUGCAGAGGGAACCACAGAGACCCCCUCCUCACCCUCAGUACCUCCUGCCUCCACCUCCCCAUCGAGCCUGGGAACAAAAUGGCCCACUGUAUGACCCUCACAAUCCACAAACACACCCCAUGAUCCCCCUGCCCAAUGAGCAUUCACUUAGGCUCCAUAAUGGACCACCUCCACCUAGUCCGCACCUCCCUCCUAGUCGCCCCAAUCAGCUACUGAAGUUCGGGGGUCCUCAGGAGCAGCAUGUCCCUCGAGGGCCACCAUUGCUGGGAGAUGAGAUGUGGGCUCAGGUGCAUCAGCCACGGACUUUUGCAGGGAAGAUGUUGGGCGGUCAGCUGAAGAGGCCAGCCCCUCCACUGGGAGAACAUUCAGUCAUACAGCACACGCCGCUGCCACCAAUGCACCCAUUGUGCCGGCAGGCUCCUGAGGAUUGUCCUAGCCCCAACAAACGAAAGAAAAGCUUGGAUCAGAUUCCUGCUCCCAGUCAGCAUCGUUUCUCAGGUCCUGUGUUGCCCCCUCAGCACCAAACCUCAUCGCACCACCUGCCCCCAAAACCAGCUUUCUGGAAUCCCAUGCACAAGGACAACGCCCCUUGGCAGCCUCCGACCUUGGAGCGAAAGAACCCCUCCUCCCAGGAGUUCCAGGUUCGACCGGAUCAGCACCACCGUGGGCUUGGCAGCUACACCCCAAAGUCCUCCCCCGCAUCCUCCACCACCUCAACUCUGUCGUCUCCCUCGAACCUCUCUCCUGGUUACAGCCGUCAGCUACAGAAGGAUACGUUUCAAAUUCAGGCACGAAACCAGCAGUCCCCAUCUUAUCGUAGCCCCAGCUCUAAAUUAGGCCCAUCUCCAUCUUUCAUGGACUCCCGUGGUCCUCACCAGAGAAGCCCUCAGGUCGGCAGUCAAAGCGGUAUCCAGGUUCUCUCUCACAGCUCUCCCACACAAAGCAAAGAGGACAGAGAGCAGCAGGUCCGCUCGUCACCAGCAAACCCUCCUGCCACCAGCAGCAGCGUGCCUUACAGCCACCUACAGCAUGGGUUGGGGCUCCACCACCCGCCCGUCCCCCCCCUAGCCAGCAGUACCUCAGUAACACAGCAGCGUUUGCCCCACGAGGUGUGGAACUACCAGAGUCGGCCCAGCAAUCACUCUCUGGAGUUGGACGUGAGGCCACCAGGACCGAUACCUCAGCACCAGGAAAGCCGCAAACAAGAGGUGGACGCUAACAUUCACACUCGGAUCCCGCCACAUGCCGGUCCUCCACCUGCUCCAGCCCGUACCCCAGUCAUCACCUCUAACCUUCCGACCCCUCACUCCUCCUGCUCCAUUUACAAUAACACCUCAAGUGUGACAUCCGGUCACUCUAACUGGCCCAGUGAAAGAGAACCAUCAUUGCAGCAACGCACCACCAGCAAAGACACAAGCUCUGCCUCACGGCAGGUGCAGAACUGUCACACCCGACCACUGCCGCCCCAGCACCAUGCAUCGACUAAAUCUCCAGAGAUCAAGACCCAGACUGACUUCUAUUCGCAGGCUGGGCUGCAGCAAUCGUUCCCUGCCGUCUCAGCCUUGUUCUCCUCGGGACACCAGAGGGCAGGAGAGAGCGUCAUAACCAGCAGACUCUCCACCCACAGCUCUCUGCCGACUUACUGCUCUUCAACCCUUCCCACUCCCUCUUCACAAACGUCUAAUACUGCCACAACCUCCAGUCAUAGUCAUCAACCUACAUCUGCCCCAUCUCAUCUAUACCCUCAACAAACAGCUGCUCAGUCCCAGUCCAUUGAAGAGGCUCUGGACAAGUUGGACGCUGAGUUGGAGGGACAUAUGCAAGCAGAAGAGAAGAGAAGGAGGGACCGGGAGGAGGCAGUAGUGCGGAAAAAGAAGGAGUGGGAGAUGAAGCAGAGGCUGGAGGAAGAACGCAAGAAAAAGGAGCUUGAGAAGAGGAAGGAAGAGGAACAAAAGAAGAAAGAGUUUGAAAGACAAGAAGAAGAGAGGAGGAGGAGAAGAAAAUGGGAGCUGGAGGAACAAGAGAGGAAGCGGAGGCUGGAGGAGGAGAAGAUGAGAGAGGAGGAGAGGAGGAGACAUGAAGUACAAAGGAGAGAAGCAGAGGAGCACAAGAGGAGAGAGGAAGAGGAGUGUAAGAGGAGAGAGUUGAAGCAAAAAGAGGAGGAAAGAAUGAGAAAGGAGCGUGAAAGGCAGAGGAAAGAGUGGGAGCGCAUGGAAGAGGAGAAGAGGAGGGAUGAACAGCAACAGGUGGAGAAAGAGAAGAAGAGGGAGUUGGAGGAGAGCAGGAGGAGAGAAAUUGAGGAUGAAAGGUGCAUGGCUGAUUUCAGUAAUCUGAAGGGAAAGGAGCAAACUGCAAUUGAGAACCUGGAGCGUCUCCUGAGUGCGACCUCCAACCCAACACCAGCACCUCCCCGCCUGACACCUCCUGCCGCCCCACCAACCUCCCAGGCUUCACCACCAUACCCCUGGCUAAGCAGAGGUGGUGUUCCUCCUUGUCUCUCAGGCCAACCCCCCAACAACCCUCCUCUGGAGAGGCUGCGUCCACCCCCCCUCACUCCUCAGACAGAGUACGCUCGGGAGAAGCAAAGGCAGCGUGAGAUGUGGACCAAUGCUGGAGCGACCUUCGACACCUCCUCUAGUCACAAUACCUCAGGUAUAAACCCGUCAGCGCCACCUAGCAAACCUCCAGCCAUGCAGCCAGCACCCAUCCAAUCCAAAGAAGCACAACACUCACUCCCCCCACUAGCCCCCAGAGAGCCUCCCAAACUCUACCAGGCUUUCCCCAGAGAGAGUCUGUCGAGCGGCUCCAAGGUGGGCCUUCAGAAAGCGAGGAACCCGACCUCUGACAGUGCCCAGUUUGAAGAAGAGCCUUCAGAGAUGUCAACAUUGCUCCCUGAUGGCCUGGCAAACAUCAUGGCCAUGCUUGAUGAGUCCAUCAAAAAGGAGGAGGAGCUUUAUAAGGAAGAGAAGACUGCCCCCUCUGCUCUCCGGGACAGCUAUUCCUCCAGUGUGCAGCCAAUGAACAGCUAUUUGUGUGCUCCAGAUCUCCUUCCUGCACUAAAGCUCCAGGAGGACUUUGGAUCGAACCCUCAUGCCAGCCCACCUGUUCUCAGCAGGCAGGGUUCUCUGGCGUCGCCAUGCAGCCGAACCUCUUCACUAAAUGAAGAGGACGAAGAGCUCCUGAAGAACUCGCCUCUAAAUCCCAAACAGGAAAUGGGAGUAGGCAACUAUCGCCACAGUGACUUAGCCAAGCUCUACGGGCUGCCGGAACAGAAUAAAAGUGAAGACGAGGAAGAAGAUGAUUCCCCGUCUUGUUCCCCGCCACCCCAGAGGCCACACCUCCAUCAGACAGGAGUCAACAGCAUGUUCAAGUCUUUGGCAACUGUUCUGCAGGGCCAAAAGUACGCUUACAGAGGCGGGCCCUUCGGAAGACCCCCUCCUUCAGCUUUAGUCGGGGUCAAGUAUUCCUCGUCUCUGUCAUUGGGUCCAGAUAUUUGUCGACAGGAGCAGACCGGCUCGCCCACAUCUGAAACCACCGACACCGCCUGUAAUGCAGUGAAGACUGAGGAGGGGAACAUCAAGGUGGAGGAUGAUGAUGUCAGCAGAGUUUAUGAAAUUGGUCAGGAGUCUGCGAAGCGUCAAAGUGUUCAGACUGUAAAGCCAAUCAAGUUGAUCAAGGAGGAACGGCAGCUGACGAUUGUAUCGGAGUCGUCUCUGGCGGAGUUGGGGAAAAGCUGCGAGGUCAUUCUCAGUCGCCACUCCAUGCCAAAAGAACAAAAUGAUAUGAGAGCGAGGCAGGACCCGGAGCAGGCAAAGGAGCACAGAGAGAGGGAGAGAAACAAAGGAAGGGAGAAGGACAAGAAGCACGCACACGAAGGCAGUAGGAAGCACGAGGACCGAAAAGAGAAGAAGAAACAUCGGGAGAAGAAAGACGAGUCUGCGUCAUCAUCUUCAUCCUCUUCAUCUACUCACUCCAAACGACACAAAGAACGCAAGAGCCACAAGGACAAGAAGGACCGCCGGAUUUUAGGAGACUUGAAUCUACAGAGCAAGGACAAAAAUCACAGUAGUUUUGAGUCUGAGAAAAAGAAGCGGAAAGAUGGAUCUGGUGCCAGUUCCACGAGUGAAACAGAACACGCAGAGUGGGCCUCAAGAAGCUCAAGUCAAAAAUCAACAGAUCACAAAAGAGACUCGGGUGCAUCGCUGGGGUCCACGGACUUCCUGAAACUGAAAGCACUGUCCGACGGGCCGCCAAAGGAGCUGAAGAUUCGCCUGAUCAAAGUGGAGAGUGGAGACAGGGAGACGUUCAUCGCCUCGGAGGUGGAAGAGAAGAGAAUCCCCCUGGAGGAUAUCAGCAUCAAGAACACGGCCGGAGAGAUCAUCCGCUCCUGCAGGGGAGCCAGAGUCAAGGGGAAGUUCCGAGAGUCGUACCUGCUCCCGGCGUUCUCUGUCAAACCAUUGAUGACCACUGAGGAACCCAUCCCCCGAGAAAAACUCAACCCCCCAACCCCGAGCAUCUAUCUGGAGAGUAAGCGAGACGCCUUCUCACCUGUUCUGCUGCAGUUCUGCACCGACCCAAAGAACCCUGUGACAGUGAUCCGUGGACUGGCGGGAUCUCUGCGACUCAAUCUGGGACUUUUCUCCACCAAGUCUCUGGUGGAGGCCAAUGCUGAGCAGGCUGUGGAGGUGCGCACGCAGGUUCAGCAGCCCGCCGAUGAGAACUGGGACCCCAGUGGGACGGGCCAAACUUGGCCUUGUGAAAGCAGCCGCUCCCACACCACCAUCGCCAAGUACGCCCAGUAUCAAGCAUCCAGUUUCCAAGAGAGCCUCCAGGAGGAGAAAGGAAGUGAUGAAGAAGAUGAGGACAGCGAGAAGAAGCCGAGUGGCACUACUGAGACUCCAAGCAAAGAGUGCUCUAAAGAUGGAACCAGCACUGAACAGAAGUCCGUCGGAAAGAUCAUAAAAUUUGGCACUAACAUCGACUUGUCAGACCCGAAAAAGUGGAAAGCUCAGCUGCAGGAGCUGCAGAAGCUGCCGGCGUUCAUGAGAGUCUCAUCCAGUGGAAACAUGCUGAGUCAUGUUGGUCACACCAUCCUGGGCAUGAACACGGUGCAGUUGUACAUGAAGGUGCCGGGCAGCCGCACACCAGGUCACCAGGAGAACAACAACUUCUGCUCAGUCAACAUCAACAUUGGCCCUGGAGACUGCGAGUGGUUCUCUGUGCACGAGAACUACUGGCAGGCCAUCAACGACUUCUGUGAGAAGCAUGGUGUGGACUACCUGACGGGGUCCUGGUGGCCAGUGUUGGAGGACCUCUACAACGCCAACAUCCCGGUGUACCGCUUCAUCCAGAGACCGGGCGACCUGGUGUGGAUCAAUGCUGGCACUGUGCACUGGGUCCAGGCGGUCGGUUGGUGCAACAACAUCGCCUGGAACGUGGGGCCGCUCAAUGGGUACCAGUACCAGCUGGCUCUAGAGCGCUUUGAGUGGAACGAGGUGAAGAAGGUCAAGUCCAUUGUCCCCAUGAUCCAUGUGUCCUGGAACGUGGCACGGACGCUCAAGAUCACUGAUCCUGACACCUACAAGAUGCUCAGACACUGUCUACUCCAGUCCAUGAAGCACAUCCAGAUCCUCCGAGAUCAGCUGGUUUCUGAGGGGAAGAAGAUUUCUUAUCAGGGUCGAGUCAAAGACGAGCCGGCAUACUACUGCAACGAGUGUGACCUGGAGGUGUUUAACCUGCUGUUCGUGACGAGCGAGAACAGCAGCAGGAAGACGUACGUGGUUCACUGUGAAGACUGCGCCCGCCAGCGGAGUCCAAACCUGAACAACGUGGUGGUGCUGGAACAGUACUCCAUCGAGGAGCUGAUGAACACCUACGACUCCUUCAGCCUGGCCUCGGCCUCUGCCUCGUCCCGGUGACAGAGCCCCUGCUCCCCCUUCAUCUCCUCAGAGCCAUAAAACCAAAAAUUAAAGACUCAGUUAUGAACGUUUACCAAUCAUCACUGUUUACAACCAUAACCGCCAACAAGACCAGUUUACGUUCACAAUGGUGCUCUUCCCCUGUUACCGUGACAACCGUGUUGCCAGGUGCUGUUGGUAAACAAACUCUGGAGGAAUUUGAGUUCUGUAUUGGACACGUUUUUGUCCACUCUUUUCUUGAACAAUUUUGUAAAUGGAUUUUUGUCGUGAGGUGCUGUUUCUCUUUUUGAAAAUAAUUUAUUGUUUUGUUUGUAACCUCGAUCAGCCUGAAACUACACCACAUUGGCCUUUCACUUGUAUUUAGGAAAUUAAAAAAAAUACUUAUGAUAGAGAUUUUUCUAACGCAUUAUAGAAACAUACAAUUGAAUGCUUCAUACGGGUUUAACAAACUUUGUUUUCUUAAAGGGGCGGGGCUUAUCUUGUCUGGUUUUAUGUGUACAUCUUGUCUUUUGAGUCAGACAUUUGGUUCCUUUUUUGUAUUGUUUCACUUUACUGAAGAAUAAUUUGUCGUUUUGUGACGUAUCUUUUUUUCAGUUUCGGGUCAGGAGGAGGGUCAUUGUACAUGUAAUUUAAACAUUCCCUCUAUUUAUUGGAUAUUGCUGUUUCUCUGUUUUCAAAAGAGUUGAAAACUUUGUUUUGUUUAAUUUUACUGAUUGUUUUGUAUGAACACGCUGUCUCUCUGGUGCUCUGAACUUUCCUCCCUGCUCUCCUGAUAUAUAAGAAAUAUCUUUAUCUUGAAUAUAGCGCCACCUCUCUGUAGACAGUAGGCACUGCUCACGUAUAGAAGAACGGAAUGCUGUGUUUGUACGGAAGAAAAGAAUCACUUCUCCAAAGUGUUUUUGAGAUUUCUUUUUUUUUUUACAAUGGUGUAGAUGAGGUUUUAACAAGAUAGAUGGUGCUACACGUUCUCUCAGAACGACCUUUUGUUUGUUUUAUUUGAGAUUUCUAUUUUUCCUGUUGCAAUACUUCUUCUCUUUGUGGUCGUUUAUUUAUAACUGCACUGUUAGUUCACACACACACACACAGACACACACAAAACUGAGCCAGAAUUGUCUUAAACACUUGUGAACUUGUGUGACAUUAUUAUGACCAUUAAUAAACGCUUUUUGAAUUUAC